CGGGUGUCUGACUCGCGGCGCCCGCGAUCGCGACGACCGACGGCCGGCGCCACACCGGUCCGCGUGCACGCCGACCCCUUGUUGAGAUGGACCCCACAGCCGCCGGCCACCGUACCGCGAGCAAACGGUGUUGUAUCAUCCGCGUUGACGGCCAACAGCAGCCCGGCCACGGCCACCGUCAGCGGCAACACGACGACGGACAUCAGCAACAACCACGGUUAUCGUGCAACAACGCAGCGGCCUACGCAACGACCGCAUUGUUGA